CAGCUAUGUGUUGCUGCAGGUGGAGCCUGCCCAACGCGGAGCGCUACGCCCUGCAGUACGCAGAUGGGCGGCAGACAUACAUCACUGAGUUGAACCGUGGGGAGAUUAAGAACGGAAGCAUUUUAUGGCUGACCACCUCUCCGGAUCAAGAAGCAGAGGGGUUGUACAACGGGAUCCAGAGCAACAACGUGGAUGUGAAGUCUGACUCACUGAAGAGGCUUGCAAGCCUUUCCCAAGAUGUUACCUUUGCUCAGGAGUUCAUCAACAGAAAUGGCUUGAAACAGAUUUUCUCUAUUGUGGAAGAGGGGAAUGAUACAGGGGAGAUACUAGCUCACACCCUGAAGGCCUUCAUGGAGCUGAUGGAGCAUGAUUUUGUUUCCUGGGAGACACUUAGUGCGGCCUUCAUCAAAAAGAUAGUGAGUUAUGUCAAUAUGAACGCAAUGGAUGCCUCUGUCCAGCAGCUCUCCUUGUCAAUCUUGGAGAACAUGGUACCUAGCAGUCGCCUGCUCUUUGAGCUAGUCAAAAAAGAAGUGACUGUGGAUCGUUUGCUCACCCACCUGCAGGUGACAAAUACCCAGUUGCAGCUGAAGGCGAUGGCCCUGCUCAUUGCACUGCUGCUGGCUGCCACUGAUGCUGAGCGACGGGAUAUCAUGGACUACCUGAGGGAGAGGAACGUCAGGCAGUUUAUCCACAAGAACAUCAUCCACAGCUCGGAGCCACUGGGGGAUGAGAUGGCCCAUUACCUGUAUGUGCUGCAGUCCAUCAGCCUCAACCUGCACGAGCGCCGCAUGAGGACCCCCAUGGAUCCGUAUUCACAGGAACAGCGGGAGCUCCUCCAGUCACUGCGCCAAACUGCCUUUGAGUCGGAGAGUGAGACGCCCACCAGCAACUUCAGCACUGAGCGCCGGCGCUCCCUGUGUGCCAAGGAGUUCCGCAAGCUGGGCUUUGUGAACAACAGCAACCCAGCACAGGACCUGUACCGUGCCCCCCCAGGACUCCUUGCCCUUGACAACAUGGUGUAUUUCUCCAGGCAUACCCCUAACGCCUACAGCAGGUUUGUCCUUGAGAACAGCAGUCGUGAAGACAAACAUGAAUGCCCAUUUGCUCGGAGCAGCAUCCAGCUCACCCUGAUCCUCUGCGAGAUCCUGCACGUGGGAGAGCCAUGCUCGGAGACGGCUCAGGCCUUUUACCCUAUGUUCUUCGGGCAGGACCAUUUCUUCGAAGAGCUCUUCUGCAUCUGCAUCCAGCUGGUGAACAAGACCUGGAAGGAGAUGCGUGCUACCCAGGAGGACUUUGACAAGGUGCUGCAGGUGGUGCGGGAACAGAUUACUAGGACACUGUCCCUCAAGCCCACCUCCCUGGAGUUAUUCAAGACCAGAGUGAAUGUUCUGAACUACAGUGAGAUCCUCAAGCUGCGGCAGACGGAGCGGCUGCACCAGGAGGAGACACUGGCUGUGCCUGUGCUAGAGUUGCGUGAGAGGCUGAAGCCUGAGCUCCUAGAACUGAUACGACAGCAGCGUCUGAUGCGCCUCUGUGAGGGCACCCUCUUUCGCAAGAUCAGCAGCCGCCGCAGGCAGGAUAAGCUGUGGUAUUGCCGCCUCUCACCCAACCACAAGGUGCUGCACUAUGGGGAUGUGGAGGAGGGGGUGCACUCUCCCCCCAUUGAGAGGCCGCCGGAAAAAAUUCCUGUGGCGGACAUGAAGGCACUGCUUGUUGGAAAGGAGUGUCCACACACGAAGGAGAAGAGCUCUGGGAAGCAGAACAAGGAUGUCCUGGAACUUGCCUUCUCCAUUGUGUAUGAUGUGGAAGAAUACUGUCUGAACUUUAUUGCUCCCACACGGUAUGAGUUCUGCCUCUGGACAGAUGGGCUGAACAUGCUCCUGGGCAAGGAGAUGACGAGUGAGCGAACACAGACGGAUCUUGAUGUCCUGCUGUCGAUGGAACUCAAGCUGCGGCUCCUGGACCUGGAGAACAUCAGCAUCCCUGACACCCCCCCUCCUGUCCCAAAGCCCCCCAGCAACUUAAACUUCUGCUAUGACUUCAGCCAUGCAGAACAGUGAGUUCCUGCAUCCCUCCCUGUGCCCUGCUCCCCUGCCCCUCUCUUCCCUCUACAGGCUGCCCUGUUUGGCUCUGUGGUGGUUGGGCCUGGAAUCAUUUUGCUGUCUGCCAACAGCAAAACCCUUCCUCCAAGCUCGGUACUCCAUUCCUGCCCAAAGGGAUGAGCCCAGGUGCUGGAUGGUGGCCUGGGCCUGUGCUGCCUAUCCCCUUCCUGUGUGCAAUAGGCUGUGAGCAAGCAGGGCAGUCUGUCUCCUCUUCCACACCUCCUACUUGCCCAGCCUGAGCUCACCAGCACCCCAGAGCAAACUCCCCACCCCUCUUUGCCUGUGCCCUGCUCUCCCAUGAAAGAACAGGGCUCAGCCACUGGAGCUUUAGGCUCCAACACUUACCAUGCUACUGUUAAAUGGAGGCUGGCAGCUUGUCUGCUUUGCUCCCUUGCCAUGGGCAGGUGAGAUGAAGCACCUUCCAGACAGCUGAGCCCUUCUAUGCUGGUGCUGCCCUCCCCCACUUUGCUGCAGUCAGGCUCUGGGCAGAGGGCAAGGAAGCCAACAGGAAUAAAGGUACAGGUGUAGGGCUGUGACAGUGUGAGGACAGCAUUACAAAAGUACAAAUCUACGCAGCCUGACCCUCCCCUUAACAGCUCCUCAGGGUGGAGACUCCCUUUUGGAGAAGAAAGGGGUGAGAAAAGAAGAAAACACUCCUGCUGCUAAGGCUUGAUGACCAGAUGGCAUUCUCCCGCAGGGUCAGUGUCAAGUCAUGGCCAGGCCACAGCCCUUAUGCAACAGGGGAGUUUAUGUACAGAGCAGUAUCCUAGCACCAAAUGGGUCGACUGAUGGGCCAGUCACUUAUGUGACUGCAAAUUUUCUCCUGAACCCAUCUCUCCUCCUCAUCCCUUCUGCAAGUGCUCCCAGAGGUCAUUUAGGGCACAAGUCCCUUCUACCCAGCAAAAUUUCAAACGGUCGGUCACAGGCUUAUCGCCACUGUGCCUAAUGCGGCAGGGAGACCCCAGUCUGCCCUUGCUGCACAACACUGAGAUGCUCGUGCUAAUCCUGGUGCCUUCCCCCACAUUGGCAGAUACUUGCACACUUCAGCCAUGCUGCUGCACCACUGCAAUAAAAGCUACCUCUUCUAUGGCCCCAAACAUCUCUCACCCUGAUGCCCCUACUAUUAACGGUACCCUGGUGUCCUGUGCCUCCUUGUGCUUACAGCUUCUUUAAGGGCUGUUGUACAAUAAAGGAUUAGCCUGUGAGCCUGUGACUGUCUAAGCACUGUAACCACACAUUGCUGGGGUGGCAUGGGCUGUGACUGCACCUCCACCUCCAGUGUAUUUGAACAAUAAACACUUGUGAAGACC